GGACUUUUAGAAUUCAGACGUUACUGAGGAUGCGAGGAAGGUGGUGAGAAGUUUCUUCAAAUUUGAAUUUUUCUUUUUUCCUGAGCAAAACAAAUCUGAAAUUUCAUUCAAACGCGUUUUGACUUAUGGGGUGCAUUAUGGCCGAAGUCUAACACAUACCCAUGCAUAAGAAACUGUCACGGACGAUACUCUAUCUCAAACGCGUAGUUAUAUUUUCAAAGUUCAUAUUUCAUACACCUCUUUUUCCAUUUGCUUGCUCUUUUCCACCAUUAUUUCUUCACUCUGACAUCUAUUCACAAGUUUUGAGAACAAAGAUGAGUUUUGUGUUUUCUCCCCCGUCGUACCAUAGUUCGUUUGAUGAUUUUCAGACACAAGCCCAAGAUACGUUCAAUAGAUUCGGUGACAACGUUAAUUCUACGAUGAAAUGGGCAGUGGCUGAAUCUAUUGUUUAUGGGGUGGUGGUGAUAAUUGCCAUUAUAGCAGUAGUAUACGCCAUUAUUGAGUGCUUGAAGAAAGCAGGAAUGGUAAUUCCAGCUUAUACGCAGAUUUCAACAACAGAUAUUGACCAGAAAGCUUCAAACUCACAUCCCUCAAAGAACAAGGAAAUCGUGUUAGCAAUACCUCCAGAUUCACAAGUGGAGUUUGCAACUAUGGAAAGAUUCCUCGACAACAUCAACCAAGAGAAACCCAUCAGAUUCUCACCCGAGGAACUUGAAGGAAUCACAAAGAACUACUCCACUAUUUUGGGUUCUGGUGCUUUUGGGGUGGUUUAUGAAGGUGAAUUAUCAAAUGAAGAGCAAGUUGCAGUGAAAGUUCUCAACAGUUUGGAUUUGGGUACUGAAGAGCAAUUCAAAGCAGAAGUUAGCACCAUAGGAAGAACAUACCAUAUCAAUCUAGUUAGGCUUUAUGGCUUCUGCUUCCACCGUGACAAGAGAGCGCUUGUAUACGAGUACGUGCAAAAUGGGUCUCUCAACAACUUAUUAUUCGGCAGUCUGAGCAGAGAAAUUGAGUUGGGGAAGCUUCAUGAGAUUGCAAUCGGAACAGCAAAAGGAAUUGCUUACUUACAUGAGGAGUGUCAACACAGAAUCAUUCAUUAUGAUAUUAAGCCAGAGAACAUUCUUCUUGGACUGAACUUGGAACCAAAGGUAGCAGAUUUUGGUCUUGCAAAACUCUGCAGCAGAGAAAGCAGCCAUGUGAAUAUGACACACUUCAGGGGAACAAGAGGGUAUGCUGCACCAGAACUGUGGAAGCUUUGUCCUGUGAAUCAUAAGUGUGAUGUUUAUAGUUUCGGUAUUGUUCUGUUUGAAAUUGUGGGGAGGAGAAGGCAUUUUGAUAGUGGCUGCAGUGAAUCACAACAAUGGCUUCCAAAAUGGACAUGGGAUAUGUUUGAGAACAAUGAAUUGCCUGUGAUGCUUUCACUGUGUGGAAUUGAAGAGAAAGAAGGAAUUGAAGAGAAAGACAGGGAAAAGGCUGAAAGAAUGUUAAUGGUGGCUCUUUGGUGUGUUCAAUAUUCCCCUUCUGAUAGACCUCUUAUGAGUAAUGUGGUGAAGAUGUUAGAGGGUGAUAUGGAAAUCCCUCAACCACCAUUUCCCUUUCAGAAUUUGGUGUCAUCUCUACCACAUUUGACUUCAAAGGGAACCAAUGAAGAUUCAGAUGCUUCUACUUCAUGGGGGACAGAAUCUUCUCAAAAAUCUAAUUACAAAUCAGGACACAAUAUAUUCUGUGUAGAAAAAUCUGCAUAGAUGUAUGUCACAUUGUAUUUUUUUAGGGAAAAAGUUUAUUCUAAAAUUGAAAUUCCUUUUUUCCUUUCGUCAUUUUGCAGGACUCUGUUUUCAUAUUAUGAAGCCAAAUAUUUGGUGCCUAUGCUUCUUUUUUAUCUGCGCCUCACCUUUGCAACCCCUUAAGAUCUUUGACUUGCAGGAUGUUGCAUCAACUGAAGUAUAAUUUUUUGAGCACCACGGAGGUAACUUCUUUUUGUUUUAUCAUAUUAGCCUAGUAUACUUGAAAACAAGAAUCAAUUUUUUU